AUGGCUUUUAAAGUUUCAAGCAUGCUACGGAAUCAAGUUGUUGAAAGGGCUUCUGCUAAAGAAGAAGCCAGCAUAUUACAAGUAGAACUAGAUUCACGGACACGAAGAUUAGAGACAAAAAAGAAUGAGUUACAAUCAGAAAAGGUUAAAGAGCUUAAAUCGGAGACUUUGCUGACAACUAUUCUAAGGGAGAAGCUCUAUUCCGAGGAGAUGGACAUAAAGCAACUUCAGGCUGAUCUAGCCGGAAUUGUUAGAGUGCAUCAAAAUUCAACUUGUGGUGCUACUAAAAAUAUUGGAACUGCUGCAAAACCUAAUGGCAUAAUCCAUGGACCUGUACGUGCUGAUAGACCUAAUGCAUUUAGUAACAACAGCUCAUCUAUUCUCUCUUGCAAACAAAUAGCAGUUGACAUUCUUUCUCAAACAGCAGGUUCAUCCAUGUUUGAGCUCCUAGACCAUGCUCUUGUUGGGCCUGGGCGUGAAGGUGGUGUUAGAAUUUUGGGGUUGAGUAAUGUCCAAGAUCUUUUCUUUACACAAUUAACCAUCUUUUCUUACAUUGGAAACGGACAGAGCAGUUGUAGAGAAUUUUUUCAACCUGAAGGGGAUCAGAUAAAUGAUCAUAGGUUUCCAUCAGGGGUACAACCCUGGAUGCCAAUAAGUAUUCAUAAUGUGAAUUCUGCGACAACUAUGCAGAAGACUGGAGAUUUAGCAGCUCCCUUGGUUGUUCCGGUGAGAAUUCAAUGUGUUUUAUUGUACCCGUUUUACAUAAAUAUUGUCAACAAAUACUAUUAUAAUAUAAGGACAAAAAUCUCUACCUGGGAGAAACCUCUAGAGCUGAUGAAAGAAAUGGAGAGGGCAGACACAUCAACUAACUGGAGAGAAUUUACAAGUCCUGAGGGAAGAAAGUAUUACUACAACAAGGUUACUAGAACGUCCAAAUGGAGAAUGCCUGAUGAAGUCAAGUUGGAUAGUGAAAAGAACACCAUUUCGCACGUUUCUGAUUUUGGAUCCAUUUCUGUUGUUAAAACAUUAUCCCCGGAUGUAGAUGGUUCAUUAGUCUCGGCACACGGUGCUAAAUCAAGCUCAACUACUGUGUCACCAGCUGCUAACUUACCAACUAUUGUGGCUUCAGAAUCAUCAAGUUUAUAUGGUAAGGUUUCUUCUCCGAUGAUUGAAAUAGUCGAAAUAAAGAAUUCUUCAGAACCUGCUUCACCAGGUGAUACUAAUUCGGAGAAAAUUGGAAUAGCAGUAACCUUGGGAAAUUCUGUCGCACCACCGAUUUUUGAGACUACUACAACUCAAGAUGCAGUAGUGUAUGGUGAUAGAUUUUCUUCGGAGAAUAGAGAGCUGUUAUGCUGGAUGUUGAUCCAACAAUUUUGUAGUGCAGUUGUUAGCAACCUGCUAACAGGUGAAGAAUAUGCUCCAACUUCCAAUGAGGCCAUGAGAGCAGUAAUUAAUGACCGGAGAUAUGGUGCUCUAAAAUCCCUUAGUGAGCCGAAGCAAGCUUUUAAUGAUAAUAAGUGGUAUUUUUCACAACAAUGUCCGUUUUUCUCAAUCUUACAAGAUUGCAAGAAGCUGUCACCAUCGUCAAGAUGGAGUAAGGCAAUCUCCAUAUUCAAACAUGAUGAAUGUUUUAAAUUUAUUGAGCGAGCUAAAGACCAUGAGGACCUUUUUGAAGAUUAUGUGGAGGAACUUGAGAAAAAGGAGCAUGCGAAGGCAUUGGAGAAGCAGAAGCGCAAUAGAGUGGAGUACUUAGAAUUUUUAAAAUCCUGUGACUUUAUUAAGAUAUUUGCCAGUAGCCAGUGGCGGAAAGUUCAGGACCGCUUGGAAACUAAUAAAAGAUGCUCCCACCUUGAGAAAAUCGAUCGCUUGGAGAUUUUCCAGGAAUACAUACGUGAUUUAGAGAGUGAAGAGGAGGAGCAAAGGAAACUGCGGAUGGAAGAAUUGAGGAAAGUUGAACAUAAAAAUAGUGAUGAGUUCCGAAAAUUGAUGGAAGAGCAUGUUGCUGCGGGAAUACUUAAUGCAAAAACUAACUGGCGUGAUUAUUGCAUCAAAAUUAAAGAUUUUGCUGCAUAUCUAGUUGUCUCAUCAAAUACUCCAGGAUCAAUAGUAAAAGACUUAUUUACAGAUAUUAUGGAUGAGCUGAAGAAACAGUAUCUUGAUGACAAGUCACAAAUUAAAGAUGCAGUUAGGAUGGCCGAGAUUGGAUUGAAAUCAACCUGGACGCUUGAUGAUUUUAAGGUUGCAAUCACCAAGUAUGUUAGCUCUCCACCAAUGUCAGAUACCAACUUAAAGUUUGUCUUUGAGGAGUUACUGGAAAGGGCUAGGGAGAAAGAAGAAAAAGAAGCCAAAAAACGUAAAUGUCUAGCAGAUGAGUUCUAUGAAAUCCUACAUGCAUUAAAGGAAAUUACUGCAUCAUCGAAAUGGGAUGACUGCAAAUCCCUCUUCGGAGAUAGAAUAAUGGGUGAUGAGGGCUUGCUGCUUGAAAUAUUUAACAAAUUUGUUAAUGAACUAAAAGAGAAGGAGUGCAAGCGUCAAGAGGAUUGA